GCAAAAUGUGAACGCCAGGAACUAGUUUAUUUUCGACAGUUUCGUUUUUAAAAUUAGCGUAUUUAAUACAUGGCAUUCUGUUGUGUGCAUCAGACUCAGUGCUAACACUGACGAAGUAGUAUGCUGACGUUGACGUUGCUGCUGAUGCUGUUUAGUCAGCUGUCGGCCUAUGAAGGUGAAAUCAACUUGAAUGAAAUCCAAGAUCAGAGUCUUGCUGAUGAACUGGCUGAAUUUGAUUUCGACAAUGAUGGAAUUCUCAACGCAGAAGAAAUUCAGCUCAGUUUCACCAGCAUCAAAUACAUUAUAUCAGAACAUAAAGAAAAGAAAGAUGGAAAAACUGAGCAAAAGGAGACAGAAGCCGUGGUUGAAGAGGAUGAGGAUGAGACUGAGACUGUGAACGGCACAAACACUGUACUUCUGACGGCCGUCAUCGGUGCAAUUGUCACGUGUCUCUUCAUCCUGGUCUGGACAAAAGCCAGCAGGAAACAGGAGCACAAUACAAAUGAACUGAUGCGGACAAAGAGAGAGGAGUGGCUCGCUCAAUUUUCCGGUUCAAACCAAACGAAACAGCGGAAACACUUGGUCGAUGACACGGCAGAGGAACCAGCCCUCAUUGCAGCCAAACUGAGAAAGACUACGUUUGAAAAUUCAUACGAGAAGUCACUGCCAUCCGCGUGCAAGCAGAGAAAGACAACGUUCGAGACUCUGGGCAAACACGAAAAAUUAUACGAGUCGGACUCGUCUCAGAAUGAUGAAGAUCUGGGAGACCUGCCUCACAAGGAUACCGGACAUGUUCUCAAAGAGGUCGCGAACAAACCGGUGCCAAAGAAAGUCAGCAAAUUAACACAGACGAAACACAGCCAUUUCGGGGGAAGCCGGCAUUUGAAAAGUUCGGAUUCUAGUGGUUUUAAGAGCAGAGAUGCCCAACUUCAAGGUGGGAGGGAAAAUGGCUGCUUUGACAAGAAGGUUAAGGCUGAUUUUCAAAACAAAAAGGACAAAUUGAAGAAAGAAGAAGAAAAGAAAAAAGAUUUUGAACCUUUAAAAGGUAAAUCUUUUCGGUCGGAUGAUGAGGGAGUUGAUACAACCAGUCAUGUUGCAGAAGAGUUGUCUUCCAGUGAAACAUCGGCCAAUGAAGUGUCAAGUAGCACAUCCCUCACUGAAACACCAGCCAAUGAAAUGUCAUAUAAAACAUCGCUCGUUGAGGAGGUGAAAAAAAAGACGACAGACUCCAAUAAACUGAUUGCGUUUUUAUCUCAGGUCCUUGAUUGUCAACUGCAUGUUGGUGAAGAAGUAAAAUCAAGAUACUCAUUAGGCAAGCUGGAUAUUAAUAGCUCAGAUUUGCCCAUUGAGGUCACGGAAAUUCCGGGAAAAUUAGAGAAAAUUCUACAAAAAAUAGUUCCUCGUCAGGUAAACCAGAUAAAAUAUGCUGUAUGGUGCUUUGGCUGUUGUGAGGACUUUGAAAACAGUUACCACGACAACCUGGUGAAUGCAGCAUCCGUUUGGCUGAAAACGGCAUCUUUGACAACCAUCUUUAAAAACUUAAACAUAGAAUCGGAAACACAUUCUGUGGAUGAAGACCUGUGGUCGGAUUUUGAAAACAAGGAUUCAGUGAGUGAUUGCGUCAAGUUUCUGUGGAGACUGACAGGGUGGGCUGAUGAUAAUGUGGUCAUUUCGUCAUCUCUGUUGUCACGGUUACUAGACUGUGGGGAGCAGUCUGUCGCACUUGUUACAAAUCUCUUCAAAGCAGCAGGAACACAGCUCAACAGUGUUAAAAGAAUCGAUGAAGUGAUCUUCAAAGAAGGACGCACCUUAAAGGCACUGGAGAUAUUGAUAUCAAAUCCUAAAUCAGGGCCAGUCCUGGCUGUUGCCUUGGAGAAAGAAGUGAGCAGUGCUUCAGAGGGUUUGGGAAACAUUUUUGAAAACAACUCCAUAUUUGGACCUCUUCUUGGUGUUUCUACUGUGCCGACCAAGUUACUGAAAGGUCGCACUCUAAUUCUGUCGGGAAGUAUUGUCUCCCCAUUUAUGUCGCUGCGCGGAUUUCCUAGAGUUACUGAGGCAGACCUCAGACAGGUGGAGUCUGCUAUCCAGGAGGGUAUGAGUCGUUGUCAGGCCGUGGUGUACAGUGCGUUGAAGACUGUGAUGACAUCCAAAGCGACAAGGGAGCAGGCAUUGUCGUGGUUAUCCGCUGUGAUAUGUCUGAAUGAUCUACGGAGCCCGGGAAUUCUCGAGACUGACACACAGCUACAAGCCUGCUGUUCCGACGGUUUCAUGCUGAAUUUUUGUUCGUGUUUGCUGGAUUUUUUCACGCCAAUAUUUGCUGACUCGACGAAACUGAAGAAAAUAGAUCUGGGCUACUCAACGUCUGAAGCGUGUCGCUUGAACUACGAUUUCGAGACUUGCCUUGCCAGUGCACAGAUUAUUUCAGAGAAAGAAAAACGCCUCGGUCCGUUGCCUGACAAGUUACAGAGCGUACACAGCUUCAUAACGGAGUGCUACCAUCUCACCCAGAGGGCGCUCAGCAUCGGUGUGAUCCCCGCGGUCUCACACUACAACAGAAUGCUUCGGGAGUUUUCCCUCAAGAUACAGUCACUGAAAGGUACUCCACAGGAAGAAAAACUGAAAAAUCAACAUGUUCUGAUGACUGUGAUGUGGGAGACUAGUCUAGUUGACCCAGAGCUGGUCCGCAAGGUCAGCAUGUUCUACCUGGCUCAGGCGACGCUCCUCCUCACUUUACUGGAAGAGGCAGGCCAGAACGCAACUGACCAAGAAGAGAAAUUAAAACUGGAGCGAAAGGCUUUUUCCAAGAUUCCUGAAUUUUGCAUCAAAGACAUGGCAAUAUGGUUCCGAUUUGCAGCCAGUCAUGCUUUGUAUGUCCACAAAGAGGCCUUGCGAGGGUUGUCCUUGUCUCCGUUGGUCGACUGCUGUGUGCUCUUGUUGGAGCGUCCUGACUUGAUGCCAGGCCCCAUCCCAGCCAGUAAGAUUGUGUCCACCCUGUACCACUUCGUCCAGACGUCGGAAAACCCAUCCGUCAGGGGUCCUGGCUGGGGCAGUGGUGUGAUGUCCGAGUUGGCCGCGAUCGUCCACACCUGUCCGCUGGUCAAGAGCAACCUGGGUCCUGCGUUGUUGAGGGUGUACAUCAGCGUCGAUGUGGUCGAGGGACUCGACGUAGACAAGGACGAGUUUGACAAGUACUCGGCAAGGUCGGAGAUGGGGAAGUUGAUAGAACAUCUGUGGCACAGAUCCGACUGUCGGGCAUCCAUUGCAGCUCUUUGUCACACCGAACUCUUCCAGAAUUUUCUUGGCGCCAUUUUGGAUACUUUGCUUUACAUGCUCCACGAUAGUUUGUCUCGUUUAGCAAACAUCAGAAAAAUUGAAAUUACCAAAGAAAAUCACAAUGUUUGGAAUUCUUUGUCAGCGACACAAAGAAUGGACAAAGAAAACUUUUUGAAGAAUGAAGAGCAUGUUGCAAAGGGUUUUAUGUCCUUGGCAAACGAGACUUUGAGUUUCAUAGAUCUUCUUACAAACGCUGACGAGGUUUCUCGUUGUUUUACGGAACAGCCUCUAGCUCAACGCAGUGCGUCAGUGAUCUGUGGGUUCUUGGAGAGUCUGUGUGGAACAAAAGCCAAAGAUUUCAAAGUGAAAGACAUGGAUAAGUACAACUUUAGUCCAAAGAAACUGCUGUCUCAUAUUGUCGAAAUCAUCCUGAGAAUUUCAGUCCAGGAAAAAUCCCGGAAAGAUGGCUACUUGUUUUCCAUGGUGACCGAUGUAGAUUUUGAGAUAGGAAACCUGGAAAAGGCUUUGACGGUGUUGUCAUCGCAAGGUCUGACCGAUGUCGACACAGUGCAGCAGUUAUCUGACUUGAUCAAACAGCUUCGAGUUCUCCAAUCAGAAUGUGCAACCGAUAAGAAUCAAAGUGGAAGUCAGCUGGAAUCUGAUUGGCUGACAAAGGUGGCUGCCAUGGAGACGAAUCAUGAAGCCUUAGCAACAGAAUAUACAGGUUCCAUGACUGCUUACCGACUCGGUGCAGCAAAUAUUUUGGAAGCUCACAGUUACUAUGGCAACAUCCAGGAACUUGACCCAAGGUCUUCCAAAGUUAAAACAUUGAUGAAGGAGAUGAAGCAGUUACAGCAGAAUCUUCCGGUCCACCCAGACGCGGCCAUCUUUAUCAGACAGGAUGAAGACCGGAUGGACAUUAUGCGAGCUGUGGUGACCGGUCCUGUGGGGACGCCGUACAGUCUGGGCUGUUUCGUCUUCGACGUCUACUUCCCGACCAGCUACCCAAACAUUCCACCCCUCAUCAAGCUCAUCACCACGGGCAACGGAACGGUUCGGUUUAACCCUAAUCUGUAUUCGGAUGGCAAAGUUUGCCUAAGUCUUUUGGGAACAUGGCAUGGAGGAAAUGCCAGCGAGAAAUGGAAUCCUGGAAAAUCCACUCUCUAUCAGGUACUUCUGUCAAUUCAGAGUAUCAUCCUGGUACCAGAUCCCGUUUUCAACGAGCCAGGAUACGAGGGGAGACAAGAAACACCGGAGGGGAAGCAACAGAGUGACCAGUACAACUGGAAGAUCAGACUGCUAACCAUGAGACACGCAAUUCUUGGAGUUCUGUGCAAUCCACCAACAGGCAUGGCAGACAUCGUUAGAAGACACUUCUCGCUGCAGAAGGAAGCCAUCUUGAAACAGUGUUACCAAUGGUUACAGGAGUGUGAGGACGAGGAUCUCCAGAAGCGGUUCCGACAGGCCUUGCAGAGCCUGUACACACAGCUCAACAGCAUUCCAGGGAGCGAUGAGGAGUCUGAUGGGUCGCAUUCAGUCGACAAUCACUGACUAUUAGGUCGAUGCUGACUGAGGAAUUUGAUAGAACUCAUUCAGAAGAUGAAUAACUCUGAUAUUAAUGCUGCAUUGUAAACUGAUGGCAAGUGUGUUCUGUAUUGUGAUUGGUUAAUUACAUUCUUUUUCCAGGAUCAAAUAGACAAUAACGCCCGGAAAGCUAAUGAUGUCAUUAGAAAGUGACAUCAUUAGUAAUUGGAACAGGCCAAGUUGACGAUUCAAGGGUCUACAGUUAGAAUGUAGCCAGGUAUUUUUUUCAAGAAAUACUAAAUGCACAGUACCGUUGAAAAAAGAUCCAGUUUACAGUCAAUAUAACCAUACUGAGUUUUUAGAUUUGCAGGUGUUAUUGUCUAUUUGAUGCCCGCAAAUGUUUAAUUUUUUUAACCUCAGGCUAAUGCCUUCGGUCAAAAAUGACAUUUGCAUAAUCAAAUAGACAAUGACACCUGUAAAUCUAAAAACUCCAUAUAUCGUUAUCUCCUAAUUAAAGUUGCGAGGGAAUUUGAUAGAACUCUUUCAAAAGAAGAUGAAUUAUUCUGAUAUUGAUGCUGCAUUAAAGUGACGAGGGAAUUUGAUUGAACCAACUCAGAUGAUGAUAAAAAAACUGAUGUAGAUGAUGCAUUAAUCUGACGGAGGAAUUUUCUAGUACUAGUUCAGAGGAUGAGAUGCCAUAUUAAAGUGAUUGAGGAAUUGGAUAAUGGUCAUUCAGAAAACGAUUCAUACAUGUAAGUGAUAUUGGUACUGUUUAAAGUGACUGAAGAAAUGAAUAGUACUCACUGAGAAGACCCAGCUGAUUCCAUUACAGGACCGGACUAUGGCAAGGACCAGACUUGGCAACUGAGUAUGCACUAACCAGCUGAGCAUGGAUUAACCAAAUGAACAUGUCUUACAGACUGUGCUCUAACCAGAUGAACAUGUCCUAUGUGGCAAGGCAUAGACUUGGCAACAGAGAGUGCUCCAACCAAAUGAGCAUGGACUCUGCAGCUGAUUAUGGACUUAGUAACUGAACAUGGACUUUGCAAAUGAACAUGGAUUAACCAACUGGGCAUGGGCUACUUUGCAGGAGGCAUGGGCUAUUUCGCAGAGGCAUGGGCUACUUCGCAGGAGGCGUGGGCUACUUUGCAGGAGGCAUGGGCUAUUUCGCAGGGGGCAUGGGCUACUUUGCAGGAGGCAUGGGCUACUUCGCAGGAGGCAUGGGCUACUUCACAGGGGGCAUGGGCUACUUCGCAGGAGGCAUGGGCUACUUCGCAGGGAGCAUGGGCUACUUUGCAGGGGGCAUGGGUUACUUUGCAGGGGGCAUGGGCUACUUCACAGGGGGCAUGGGCUACUUCGCAGGAGGCAUGGGCUACUUCGCAGGGAGCAUGGGCUACUUUGCAGGGGGCAUGGGCUACUUCACAGGGGCAUGGGCUACUUUGCAGGGGGCAUGGGCUACUUUGCAGGGGGCAUGGGCUACUUUGCAGGGGGCAUGGGCUACUUCACAGGGGCAUGGGC